AUGCCUUCAUCUUUAUCCUCAAAACUUACUCGGCUCAAGUCUCUUCAGCUCAAACAAUUCGUCCAUCGAAAGAACCGUGGGCCACCUUCUCCAAUAAGCCCUUCUACAUGCCAACCUAUCCACACAUCAUCCCAAAUGGCAAUUGUUCCUGACGAUAUGUACAGCCCUUCAUCACCAACAAAUGUCAAUAGUUUUUCAGAAACUCUUCGGAUUGUUUCUGAAGAAGCAAAGAAUGGUAAAUACGCCGAUGUGUUCGAUGCCUUCUUCUACACCGAUCGGAGGUGUCAGAACCGGGCAUUCUUUAUGGCUGCCCGCCUGAAACACACCCUCUGGCCGUUGGUUUCUGAGGCCCUUGGAACUCCCCUUCGGAAUCGUACUCAUUCUGUCCAGGUACCCUCGAAUAAAAACAGAGACAAUAACAACAAUCUUCCAAAAACUUCGAUUUCUGAAACUACCAGCAGGAACCAAGAGGACCAGCAAAUCGAUGCCUUUUGGGAACUUGUGACUCACCGGCUCUACACCCUAAACUGCUUACUCUUCGUCUUCCCUUCUUCUUCUCCGUUUCACGACGAGGCAGCAAUGCACUUAAAUCAACGGCUGUCCAAUGAUAAUUCAGGUGCACGAGAAACCUUAUUUGCCGUCCGUUACGCUCUCUUGCGUAGCCAUCAUCCUAAUUCGCUGAGCCGUCAUCGGCACUCUGUACCUUCCGGGCGGGAUCAUCGUGACGACGAUGCUGUGGGCGAAUUUCUUCAAUCAGCACAGGCCGUGAUUGCAAGGUGCCUCGAAAGCGAAGAAAGACUAAGCCAAAGCGAGAGAGAUGCGAUGUACCUCUUCCAUGGUCUUCGGAUGGGGUUGUAUGGUUCGUUUGUACCUCACAUCGAGCUACGAGAGGCAAGCGACGGUCUUCAGGAAGCCUUGGCAGAGGCUGUCCUACAUAAUCAAAACAAAUCAAAUACGGGCCUCCUUAAUAAUCCCUUUGAGGACAAUCAAGCAAUCGUACAAGAACAUAAUAAUGAUUCCUCUUUAGAACAAAAAAAUAGUACCAGUAUACUGUCUGUUUAA